CAUGGUAUUUGAAAUUACUUUCAGAAUCGGCUGCUAACCACAAAUAAUGUGACGCGUAGUUUUCCUUUUUUUUAUACUGUUUCCACUUUUUCAACCCUCAUCCCACCAGAACGUCGGACGGCUGGACGUAUUGUUUUCCGAACACGUCGAACGCCGCUACUGAUCGCCGCCCACAGUAAGUUGAUAUCACCCGUUUAAUAUAAACCGAUUCUUGUGUUAAACCGCCGCCGUCGUCGACCGCACGACAACGCCAACCACCAUAUUUACACAGACCUGAGACCAUCAUAUUAUUAUUAUUACAACAGCGACGGACGCCGACCGUAAGCGAGCGAGAGUGAGUCGGCGGCUUGCCCGGCCAGUUCCCCGCCCACUACCGCAUUCCGAGACCAUAACGUUGACGCCGUUGCCGAUCUACAGGUCCCGUAUCUUGUGUUUUCUAACCGUUUUCGUCGAUCCCGCCAGCACGUCCGGACGUAUUGUUUUCCGCACAUGCCGAACUCCGCGGUAUCGUAUACCGCUACUGAUCGCCAGUCAAUUAAUAUCGCCCGUUUAAUUGUAAACCGAUUAUCACAUCCAUCCGUCGUACAGUGCGACAACGCCAACUCUCCGUAUUAUACAGACCAUCAGAAUAUUAUUACUAUCUCCUAAUCGUCGUCGUCAACAACGCGCUCGCGAGCUGUCGGCGCCGCUAAGACACCCGACGGAUCGCACCGUUUCGCCGCCGCCAUUUUGCGAACCAUCUUCACUCAACAAUAAUAUUGUCUAUCGCAGCCACGAUGACGAAAAAGCCAGCCGAUGCCUUGUCCUCCUCAAAGGAACCCGUUAGGGUCUUCGAGGGAAUCGUCCAUCAGGUGAACUCUAGUGAUUCUAUCACUAUCCGCGAGGAAGUGUCUAAUGGUUAUCCAAAAACAAAAACAAUUGUUUUAAACAGCAUCAUUGCUCCCAAAUUUGGCCGUUAUGCAGCAAAAAAUGAUACAGCAUCCAAAGGUACUGAUGAUGAGCCGUUUUCAUGGGAAACUCGUGAGUUUCUUCGUAAAAAGCUUAUUGGAAAAAAGGUAUUUUUGAAAACAGCUGGUCAAGUAUGUGGUGUUGGAAAGACAACUCGAUACUAUGGUGACAUCUUUUACCCAACAUUGGACAACAAUAUAGUAAAUGAGCUUGUUGAAAAUGGUCUAGUAACUGUAAAAAAUGUAAAGUCAAAUAACCGAACUCCUGAUAUUCAAAACCUAGUGGACCUUCAGAACAAGGCUAAAGCUGCUAUGGUAGGAAGAUGGGACCCCAAUGCUAAGAACACUGCAAAGAAAUAUAGUUCCAUUGAUGACGUUAAAUCAUUUUUUAAGGAAAAUUCUAAAAGACGUAUUAAGGCUGUUGUUGAAUCUGUUAUUGACGGAACCACGAUGAAGCUGUUGUUGUUGCCUGAAAGAAACAUGAUCCGUCUUUACCUUUCGGGAAUCAGGUGUCUACCAGAAGAUGUAGAAUUGGGAGAUGAAGCAAAGUUCUUUGUUGAAGUUCGUUUACUGCAAAAGGACGUCGAGGUUACUUUGGAAGGAGUUCUUUCUAACAGGAAAGAUCCAUCAUUCUUUGGAACUAUCCAUCAUCCGGCUGGUGAAAUUGCUGUUGAAUUGGUUAAACAAGGUUUCGCUACUUGUCAAAAACAUAGUAUGAAGUACUUACACGAAAGUUCUGAGAAGCUCUGGACAGCUGAGAGACAAGCCAAGGAAAAUAAAUUGAGGCAUUGGCAAUCGUAUACAUACACGGGGCCAGAGAUUGCUGAAAAGGAAAUAAUUGGAACCGUAAUUGAAAUUAUAAGAGAAGAAGGUCUGAUAGUUAAGCCUUCCCAUAGCAACAAACUCCAUAGAAUAUACUUUUCUAACAUCAAGCCGGCCAGGCUAAGAGUUGAAGUACUAAGAGGUGAACCAAUUGGCAACGGUCAACCACCAGCUACACAAGCCCCGCGGACUUUAAGUAAACAUUUUUACGAGAUCCCUUGGGCUUAUGAAGCUCGUGAGUUCUUAAGGACACGUUGCAUUGGAAAGAAAGUAAAUGCUUCUGUAGAUUACAUACAACCCAAAUUUGAUAAACUUGAAGAAAAAAUCUGUGCCACUGUUACAAUUGAUGAAAUAAACCUUGGUGAAGAAUUAGUAAAAGAAGGUUUGGCAACUGUUAUGAACAACCCACGGGAUGACCAAAUGUCCCAGUGCUUUUAUAAAUUAAAGAAGGCAGAAGAAAUCGCCAAACAAUCUCAAAAAGGGCUUUACUCAAAAUCCCCUCCCCCUAAACUACAUAUUACUGAUUGUUCUAGUGCUGCGGAGUUUGCUCGUGCCAAGGCACUUUUGCCUAGUCUCCAACGUUUUCCGAAGUUUGAAGCUGUGGUUGAAUACGUUGCAAGCGGUUGUAAAAUGCGUCUUCACGUUCGAAAAGAAUACUCAUUUAUUACCUUCCUUUUGGCUGGUAUUACAAGCCUAAGUGACGAACGAGCUAUCCACGGUGAAGCACCUUCAGCAGCUGAAGUAUAUUAUCAAAAAGCAUUAGCGUUUACGAAAGAAAAGAUAAUGCACCGUGAAGUAGAAAUCACUGUAGAAUCCUGUAGUAAUCGUGGAAACAUGAUUGGAUGGCUGUUCGUGGGAAAUGUUAAUCUAUCAGUGGCGCUUGUAAAAGAAGGACUGUAUAGAUUACACAAGUCAGCUGAGCAUUCAAAAUACUUCAAGCUUUUGCAACAAGCAGAAAAAUAUGCAAAGGAUAAGAAAAUUAACUUAUGGAAGAAUUAUGUUGAGGAAUCAGUGGAGGCAAACAAUAACAGCAACAAACCUGUUCAUGAAGAAGUUGUAAAGGAACGAAAAACCAACUAUGAUGAAGUGCUUGUAUCUGAGGUCAGUCCUGAGUUGCAUGUCUACGUACAACCUGUAUCAGAAGGACCCAAAUUAGAAAGUCUUACUGACAACUUGGGGAAACACUUUAACUCUAACCCUCCUAUUGUUGGUUCUUACAGUCCAAAACAAGGAGAAAUGUGUGCAGCUAAGCUUAAGGAAGAUCAACAGUGGUACCGUGCCAAAGUAGAAAAGGUUGCUGGCUCGAGUAUUCAUGUCUUCUAUAUUGAUUAUGGUAACAGAGACAUCGUAAUUGCUGAAGAGUGUGCUAUUUUGCCACCAACUUUUAAAAAUGAUCGACCGUUUGCCAAAGAAUAUGCAUUUGCGCUUGUGAAACUACCUAAGUGGCCUGAAUAUCAAGAAGAUUCCAUUGCCGUUGUACGUGAUGAGUUCAUUAACAAGAGAAUCAGCAUCAAUGAAGAGUAUACUUACGACAAUCUUACUCACAUUACUGUGAAAGAUGCCGACAAAAAAGAGGAUCUCGUCAAGAAAUUGGUCGAAGAAGGAUUCUUGUUGGUUGAAAGACGUCAGGAAAGAUAUUUGAACAAUAUGAUGUCUGAGUACAUUGAGGUUCAAGAAAAGGCCAAGAAGAAUCGGUUACAUAUGUGGGAGUAUGGUGACAUCACAGAAGAUGACGCUAAAGAAUUUGGUUUUCCUAAAUAAAUGUUCCUUUUGUUUUAAUCAUCA